GCGCGCCGCCCCCCCGCCCCUCCGCGCCCCCGCGGCCGCUCCGCGCCCGGCGGCGGAGGGCGGGGAGGGCGCGUGGAGCCGCGGACACGCACACGGACACGGACACGCACACGGACACGCACACGCAGCGCGGCCCCGCAGCGCGGCUCUGCGGCCAAACCCCGCCAACAAAGACCCCUCCGCCCCCCUCGCCGCCGCCCCCCGCGGGAUGUAGCCGGGCCGGGAGCCCCAGCGAGGCAGCGGCCCCGCCGCUCCGUGCCCCGCAGCGAGGCCGGGAGGCGGCGGGCUCAGAGGCGCUGCCGCCACCAUGGGCAAAUCCAACAGCAAGUUGAAGCCUGAAGUUGUGGAAGAGCUGACCAGGAAAACGUACUUCACAGAGAAGGAGGUGCAGCAGUGGUACAAGGGCUUUAUCAAGGACUGUCCCAGCGGGCAGCUCGAUGCCGCCGGCUUCCAGAAGAUCUACAAGCAGUUCUUCCCCUUCGGCGACCCAACCAAAUUUGCCACCUUUGUUUUCAAUGUCUUCGAUGAGAACAAAGACGGGAGGAUCGAGUUUUCGGAGUUCAUCCAGGCGCUGUCGGUCACCUCCCGGGGGACGCUGGACGAGAAGCUGAGGUGGGCGUUUAAGCUGUACGACUUGGACAACGACGGGUACAUCACGAGGAACGAGAUGCUGGACAUUGUGGAUGCCAUUUAUCAGAUGGUGGGGAACACAGUGGAGCUUCCCGAGGAGGAGAACACGCCAGAGAAGAGGGUGGAUCGGAUUUUUGCCAUGAUGGACAAGAAUGCAGACGGGAAGCUGACGCUGCAGGAGUUCCAGGAGGGCUCCAAGGCCGACCCCUCCAUCGUGCAGGCGCUCUCCCUCUACGAUGGGCUCGUAUAGUCCCGGGGCCGAGCGGCGAUGCCUGGGGGAAGAUGCUCUCCGUGCCAUCCGACCACCGCCGUGCGAAGCUUGCCUGUCCCUCCCGGCCUCCCUUCCUGCCCUGCGAGCAAGGAGUGCCCUCAAAGCGCGAGCUCACCCCCUCUCCGCCCUCUGAACCAGCCGCUGCCCUUCGCCAAACCCCGCUUUUCCCACCCAGCCCCGCGCCAGACCCCGGUCUGAGCGGCAGCGAACGUCCAGGACCUCGGGGCCGGGGGGCGCAGGCAGAGCCCCCUUCGGCCUCCUCGCCCCUUCCCUCCCUUUUUCCUUCCCUCCGGAUGGGACUGCGGCUGUGCCGGCGGGGAGCCGGCCGCAGAGGAGCCCCAAGGUAGCGGGGUGCAGCCCGGGGUGUGCCCGGGGUGUGCCCGGGGAGCCGAGGCACCGACGGCGGUUGGGAGCAGAGUCCUGGCGUCGCCCACGACGCCGCUGGCAGCCCGGCUCGGCUCACUAGGGAUAUAUAUUAUUAUUUUAUUUUUUUUUUCUGGUGAGACAGUAUUGUGAUUUUUGGUUUGGUUUUGUUUUGUUGGUUUUUUUUUUUAUUUUAUUUUUCCCUUCGGUGGAAAAAAAAGUGAGGCUUUUUUUUUUUUUAUAUGCCUAUCUCGACGGUCGAUAUCCUUAUUUAUUUGUUGUAAGUGUUGCUGCUGUGUUUUGUCUCUCGUGUGUGUGUCCACCCACCCAGGUGAGGAUUUGUAAGGUUUACAUGCUCGUACACUAUUGCGGGGACCCGGGAGCCUGCAAUAACAAUGAAGCCAAAAAUCUGCCUUCCCCCCUCUCCUCCCACCCCCCGUAUCCCAAGCUCCGUGGGCUGGCUGCUGUUUGGAGGGGAUGCUGUAGCUUCUUUUCCUCUCCCCGUUCCCGUGUUCCCUGCAUUUUUCUGUUCACUCUUCCCUUUGGGAGCUCAGUGAGGGCUCACUCAGCCCAGACUCUGAGCAGACCAAGCUCAGUCGGGCAGGGUGAGCAGACUGCUGGGCACCAGAACAUCCCUAUUUCCUUCCUUUUAUUCAUUUUCUCACUGCAUGAAAAAGUAUUAAUGGAGCCCCGAGCUGGGUUCUGCUUUCAGGCAGAUUCCUUUGCUAUGUUCAGCUUUGCAAACGGCAGGAAGGUGUUUGGUGGUGUCUGUGAACCAUCCUGUGUGCUGCAGGGACAGCCUUGCUCUGUCCCCCCAUCCCAGCUGGGACAAGGUGCCAGGGCAGUGCCAGGCUGGGCUGAGCCCAGCUCAGGGUGUCUCCUUACCCCAGCACUCCCACAGGACGUGGGAGGAUUUGCUGUGCCCCCAAGCAGAGCUGCUUGCACCCACCUUGGAGGGGGCAAAGGGCUGGGAAUUUACACCUGGGGACACUGAGCUGCAGCCCCCCAUCAUGAGCAGGACCUGCGUGGCCCCUCCAAACUCCAUCAGCACCCAGCACCCCUCUGGGGUGUGCCCCCAGCUCAGCCCCACCGUGGGACACAGUUGGCAUCUCUGCUGGAGAAUGAGCAUUGCUUGGGUGAUGCCCCAGCUGCUCUGGGAUGCAGGGAUGUGCAUUCCCUUGGGAGCAGAGUGCAAGAAGCCUUUGGGGCCCCCAAAGCCACCCUGGGGCCUCACCCUUCCAUCUCUGGCCCAGCAUCUCUGCACCCAGCUGUCCCCCAGCUCCUGUGGCUAAGCCCAGACAGAGGACUGUCCCCGUGGCAGGGGGAGGUGACAUCUGCCUGGCAGGACAGUGGGACAGGUGUCCCACCAUGCAGGAGACACGGUGGUGCCUCAGCAUUCCCUGAAUCCUCCUGGCAUGGCAGGGACAGAUGCCCCAGCCAAGGGAUGCUGGUUCUUCACCCUGCAGCCCCACUCCCCACUUUUGGGAUUUUGUGGUACUUCUUUAUGCCCAUAAAAAACACCUUUCCCUUCCCCAAGGAGACUGACCUCACGUCCGUGUGCAAUAUUCCUGCCUCUCCUGCAGUUCCUGCCCCUGAGGAUGCCCAGUUUGAUGGUGGGGGUGCUUCUGGAGGGUGUCCCUCUCCACUCCCAUGGAAACCCUUUUCCUUGUUGCUCUGUGGCCAAAAUGCAACUCUCUGGGGUAGGUUUUUGCAGUGCCUGCAACUUGUUGAAUGCUCAUGUGCCAGACUGGUCCCCUCCUGGUGCCAAUCAAUGUUCCCAAUGAAUGUGACACUGCUGUAAUCACCUCUGCUGAUGAAUGAUGGCCCCUGCCACGUUUGACAUAGUUCCCAGGCAAAGGCAAACCUCAUUUACUCUGACGCUGUUCCCCUGGAAAGCUUUUAAUUUUUGGAGGACCUGUCAUGGGCUGAGCUCCAUCAGUGCUCACAAAUGUCUCCCCAGGGAGUCCUGCCAGGGCUCUUGACAUGCUGAGUGUCCCUGAGCAAAGCUGUUUUGGCCCCAGUGUUCCCCACUGGCUGUGGAUUUGGAACCCUGGCUUGGAUGUUUCCAGUCCCACUUCUGGGGAGCACCGAGGGCCCCUGAUUCCUCCUGACCACCACCAGGAUCUGCAGCAUCUUGGUGUCACUGAGAAUAAGGCUUGGAGCAUCUUGUGCUUGGAAAUGUCAGCCUUAACCUCCUCGUGCCUCAGUUUCCCCCUCAGUGGAGUGGCUGGGUGAGCCAUCCCCCUCUGGAAAGCAGCUUGGUGUCUGUGCCCUGGCAAGCAUGAUGCUGGGUACAGCCCAGGACUGUGGGCACAGGGCUUGGCAGGACCCACCGGGCAUCAGGCACGUGCAGAGCACCAGGAACAGUGCAUGGAAUGCUGGGUUUGUCAGGGAGUCUUUAACUCCAGCCUAUUUUACACCUGCUCGUGCUGAAACAGGCAGCAAGCCCUGCUUUGUCUCUGUUUGUACUUGGGUUCCUGGUGCCUCUCCAAACCAGAGCCUUGGCCGUGGGAAGGGGGCCCAAAGCACAGCCAGGCAGAGGUGAGGGUCCAGCCCUGGUGGCUGUGGCAUGUGCCCCCCUCUCAUUUGUCCCUGUCACUGUUGCCCCAUUAAAUGCCAUGUCUGUACUUUCUUUUCACUUUUCUGUCUGUGUGCUGAUUGUUGCUGCUUUGUGUCCGUCUUUCCUCGAGCUCUGGGGCUGGGCUGAGCUGAGCUGUUUCCCCCAGGAGCAGGAAGGUGGGAGAAGGCUCUGGGGGCAGAUUCCCCCCUGCCCUCUCCUACAGCACAAACCAGGACCCGAGAGAGAGAGAAGCGAAGGGUUUUUCUUCUGGAGCAGGCUGUUAAUUAAUGUAAUUUAUAACGAGACCAGGCUGGUCCCAGGGGCACUCUCCACUGGGUUGGUGGAGGUGGGGUUUGCUUAUGGGGGACCCCAGACUCUGUUGAUGCCAGGUACCAGCUGCAUCUCACCCUCCUUCACAGGAAUAGAUGCCUGUUGGCUCUUCCCUGCCUUCAGGACACCACAUUCCUGUUGGAUGGGAGCCUGAGGUCACUGCUCCUCCAGAGGGUGGAAUGGUCUUGGAGCCUUGGGAUCUGGGUUUGAGCCCCACUUGGAGCAGGGCUGGCUUUGAAGCAGGGCCAGGCAUGGCAUGGGAGCAGCUGAAAUCACUGAAGAGCUGCCCCCUUGCCAUGUAUUUAGGGUUGGGGGGUCAUUUGGGAUGGGUGAGUGACCUGCAGCCAGCUCACUGUCCCCCAUCCAAGGAGGAGAUUUGGGGCAUUUAGUGAGAGCAUCUGUCACCUGUCCUUCCCAAGGGCAUUGGAGGGGAGGGUCUGGCUGGGACAGAAAGGAGGGCUGAGGGCAAAGCAGGGACUGAUGGCCCCAGUGUCAGUGCACAGUUUGGGGUGCAGCAGUUUUGGGGUGUCAGUUACCAUGUCAGCCCUGCCUGUUCCAGCAGCGCUGCAGCAAAGCCAUCCUUCCCUUCUCUCUCUGCUCCCGUGGCCACAGCCCUGGGCUGGGUGCCCUGUGCCACAGGUGUGACCCCUGCCCAGGGGGUGGCCGAGCCCUGGGCUGGGAAGCAGCAGCUCCAGCAAAGAGCCUUGUUUGUGAAGAUGAAGCCUGUGUGUGCGUCCGUGCCGGUGUCUCGGCUUGCAUGCCCCGCUGCCUUGUCUUGAGAUGAAUUCAAGAGCAAACCAAGCAAAUGAAACAGUUUAAUAACAGAACAAAACAAAACCCAGGAACUUUGUGACAGUGGAAAUAAAAGCUUAAUGACAGUAACGAA